AUCCAUUUGAUUCGAUCUCCAAAUUGUUCUUUUGAUAUAUAUAUCCAUGUAAUGAGUCAUUAAUUUCUUUGAAACAGCGGAAAAAACAUUUAAGGGUCUUAAUUCAUUCCUCCAACUUAGCCAAAUACUCUUCAAGGAUGUCAAAGCAUCAUCAACAACUCCUUCCAUGGCUGUCUCUCUUCCUCUUUGCACAGUUCUUCCAUGCUUCUCUCUGCGACAUUGGCACUACUUCACACUAUAACCCACCAUAUAUACCGACGGCGUGCAAUGGAAAUGACCCGUCACAGUUCCCGACGACGAACUUGUUUGCAGCUGCAGGGGAGGGGAUUUGGGACAACGGUGCAGCGUGUGGAAGGCAAUACUUGGUUAGGUGCAUAAGUGCAGCUAAUCCAAGAAGCUGCAAACCUAACCAGACUAUUCAAGUUAAGAUUGUGGAUCGAGCUCAGACGUCGGUGUCUAGGCCUUUCAGGGCUGCCACCACCAUGGUCCUCUCUUCCACUGCUUAUGCAGCCAUCUCCGACGGUUCUUCGCCAUCCGUUAACAUAGAAUUUCAACAGAUUUGAAGUUUGAAGUGGGGAUUAGCUAGUUAGAGACCUCAUUCUAUGAUUCAAGGAAGCUGUUUCUUCAUGGUUUAAUAUAUAGGGGAUAUAUAUGUAUUGAUCAGCCUCUGAAAAAAUAAAAAUGUAUUGAUCAGCCAUUCAUUAUAUUUUAAUGGAUGAGUACUAAUUAUCUCCAUAUACAGUCUCUAUCUAGAUUAAAAAAAAUUAAAUUUAUUCUUA